AUGCCGACCGGCUUAUCCUGCAGAGAAUGCCGGGCACGCAAAGUAAAGUGCGACCGCACCCCCUUGCGAUGCCUCGUCUGCAUCAGACUGAACCUCGACUGUUCCUUCUCACAACCAGAAAGCCCCAAGCUUGGUCAUGUUGAAGAGCUCACACAAGCUGGUACCAAGAGGAAGCGGGCUCGCCGAGCGUGUCUUGAUUGCCGGGCUGCGAAGGCAAAAUGCUCAGGCCGCCGGCCAUGUGAGAGAUGUGUCGCCAAACACCUUGCAUGCGAAGAGAUCGUUGCAACCGGCGUAGAAGGAGUGGGCCAAAAUGAUGCGGCCAGCUUCGUGUCUUCGAGCUUGUCAACGGCGCCUCGCAAUCUUGACUCGAUGCCCAGGGACACAAGUUCAGGCGAUCCAGGGACGACUUCAAGCACUGGCUUUGAAGAGCUUGACAGAAGAACAAUCAGAGGAUACCUGGUCGACUACUUUGAGGAAGCGAGCCGCUCCACUGUAUCCGUCCUUCAUAAAGCCACAGUUCUUACCGACUGGACCCGGGGCAUACUCGAGCCGGCUUUGCUGAAGAUUAUCAUCGCAACAGUUCAGUAUAGGAGGCAAGGCUACGCCGGCGGCACCGCCGAAGUACGACAAUCUAUGGAUCAAGUUCAACAAGACGUGCUGUUGAAGUGGUCUCGCUACAACUUGACACUCCUUCAAGUUCUCGUCUUGCUCGCUCAAUUGAGAUUUCAGGCAGGAGACAAUAUUGAAGUGUGGAACUUGCUCCCUAUCGCAGCACGCAUGAUUUUCACACUGGGCCUCAACCAGGAGAAGGAGCAUUCCAGCGCCGUGAUUCAGGAGUGUCGAAGGCGCUUGGUCUGGUCUAUCUUCCAUCUAGAUCGCAAGUUUUCAGGGGGGCUCGAAGAUUUGGCCGUCUGUUCGCCUGAAAGAAUCCACAUACGCCUGCCAUGCGACCAACAUACCUUCCAGAGAGGAGCUUCUUCUCGUUCAGCGUUCCUCAUGGACGAUGUGGUUGAAGACGGCACUGGCGUUGACAUUUAUGCUUUCUGGUUGCGGCUGCUCGUUACAAGAGACCGGGUGUUGAGGUAUGCAAAGAGAGUGAAGCGCGCCGGAAUUGUCCCUUCAUCGACCUACCACGAGAUGCAGGGACUGCAAGCUGAGCUUGACCAUUUCAAAAAGACGUUACCCGCGGAUUUGAAGAUAAGCUCUGAGAGAACAAUGAUGAUGGCUCACUCGACGGAAUGGGUCAAGUAUGUUGGUCUGCACAUGCAAUGGUACCAAAGUCACUGCGACUUGUACCGGAUUUGCGUGCCGGGACUACGUGAAUCUUUACCGAGGGAUACUCUCGCCAAGACGCCGUCCGACUUUAUUGAUUUUUGUCAAGAGGCUUGCCUUAGAAAUGCGCUACAGCUUUGUCAUCUUUUGUCUGCCAUGUACCGCAUGGAGCCAGGUGAUGUGACGAGUGACACCAGCCUACCCAUCUCCAUCUAUUCGGCGGCACAGAUCUGUCGUCAGUUGCGGCAUCUUCUCCCUUCUGAAGGAGAAAAUACACUGCGCGCUGUCAAAGAACGAUUCAUCGAUGCCUUGCAAUUGGCCCAUCCGCUGAAUAUCAUGCCGGGGCCCAUGAAAUGCAUGAGGGAUGCAAGUAAAGUCAUCAAUAGUCUCGAGGAGGGGACUCGUGAGCAGUCAUCGCGUUCGUCAAGCAUCGGCGCGGGCGAGAUCUCUGGGCACUUCCUUCCAUCCAAGCACGCGCUUCUUCCCCGGUUCGCCAAGCCAGACGAUGAGCACACACCGUCGCUCAAUGACCAAGUAUCAUCUGUAGCCCCCCCGUCGGUGGGUGGACAGGAAGAGCCGGCGGCAAGGAUCAUGCUGGAUCUUGCCAGUUCAAAGCAGGCCGUGAACAGCGGCCAAUUGGAUGAAGGAGGAGCGGUAUCGUGGGAUCCCUUCGACAUGGAGAUGAACGAUUACUAUGGCCCUGAUAUUGGUGUUUUGUUUGCUUCUCUUGAACCACAGUUUGAUGAUGUACCUCGGCCAGCAUGA